AUGGAGGUGGCCAUGAACAAGUGCAGGAAAGAGUGUGAAGAUGAACAAAUGAAGAGAAAGAAAAAUGAGGUUCAUUGGUUUGCGUUUCUUGCAGAUGACGUGGUUUUAGAUAUCCUUAAAAGGUUUCCUUAUGUUUUCCUUCGUUAUAACGCUAAGUAUGUCUGUAGAAAAUGGUUCAAUAUAAUUAACAUGAUCUUGUCAGACAAUUCUUUUUUUAUCCUCCAGAAGUCAUUUGGAUUUACGGUCCGCUAUGUGGAUGUAAGGGAAGAAGGACAAGGACUAGAAGUGAAAGAGCAAAACCUAUAUUUCUUUGGAAGGAUAAAGUCAUGGUAUAACGAGUUUCUUCUGAUAACAAACCCCACCAGAAAAAGAAACUCGCUGUAUAUUUACAAUAUAAUCACCAAGGAAAAAUCAUUUCUUCCCAAGUGUCCAACAUUUUUUGCACAUCAAGAUACUAGCGUAUGUGCAAUGGCCCUUUUUUUUGACAGAUUGAAGGGAGUAUAUAAGGUUGUUCACUUGUUUAUGGGCCUAUCAAUCCAAUGCUAUAUUCUACAAUUGGAAAAAGGUAUUGUAGUCUCUCGUGUUUCCUCAAGGUGGAAAAAGAUCAAAGUACCUUUUUACUUGCAUCCUAGGGAUGUGGGUGAGUUAGUUUCAAUUCAAGUUCAAGGAAGGUACUUUCAUUGGAAUGUUAAUUGUUCUAAGUACCUGGUUUCUGUUGAUAUGAUAAAAGAAGAAGUUCUCCAAAUGAGCCUACCUGAACCCGGUGAGCGUAAGAGACUCUACUAUUCUAUUUUUGAGAUGGGUGGUUUUCUCAGCCUCAUUGAUGGAGUUUCUUGGGACAAAACUGACUUAUGGAUUCUUAAAGAUUUUCAAAGUAUGAAGUGGGAGAAGUUGCAUUCGAUAACCGUCCCGGAUCAUGGCUUUGUAAGUGCUUCUUUUCGAUAUCCAGUUUGUGGCGUGAUAAAUAAGAGAUAUAUCGUUUUCAUGAGAUCAAGACACAAUAAAAGUUUGUUUAGUUAUGAUCUGAAAAAUAGAGUCCUUAAAAAGCUAAACAUCCGCAUUGAUUUGGGUGAUCUUUGUGUGGCUCAUUCAUCAGGACCAAGUGGAAAAACUAUAAGGGAGGAUGUACCGGUGUCGUUUUAA